CCGGUAGAUCCGAACGUCUAGGAGUAAACAUGAAGUGCGUAGGGACGCUGCUGCUGCUCGGAAGGUGCGUUUCCAGACGGAGCCUUCAUCAUGAUCAUCGUCAUCAUCAGGCGCAGCAGUCAGCGGGGAUCAUCGGAGCACCUUUCUCCCGCGGACAGCCCAGAGCCGGAGUGGAGAGAGGACCGGACCUGAUCCGAUCCGCAGGCUUGGUGCACAGACUCAACCAACAGGGCUGUGCAGUGAAGGAUUAUGGGAACCUGACCUUCGAGGAGGUGGCCGGUGACGAGUCCCUGGGGCUUAUGAGGAGUGUGCGAGCUGUGGGCAGCGCCAACCGGAGGCUGUCGGAGGCGGUGCAGAAGGUGAAGAGAGACGGGCACACGUCGGUGCUACUGGGAGGAGACCACAGCCUGGCGAUCGGAUCCAUCCACGGUCACUCGGCGCUGGUGGGGAACCUCAGCGUGGUUUGGGUCGACGCGCACGCCGACAUCAACACGCCGCUGACCACGCCCACAGGAAACAUCCACGGACAGCCCAUGUCCUACCUGCUCCAUGAGCUGCAGUCCAAGAUUCCCAUCUUACCGAACUUCUCCUGGAUCAAACCGUGCGUCUCCGCCAGAGAUGUGGUCUACAUCGGCCUGAGAGAUGUGGAUCCAGGAGAGCACUGCAUCCUGAAGCUGCUCGGCGUGAAGCUGUUCUGCAUGACGGAGGUGGAUCGGCUCGGCGUGGCCAGAGUCAUGGAGGAGACCUGCGACUACCUGUCUGCCAAACAGAAGAAACCCAUUCACCUGAGUUUCGACAUCGACGCCAUCGACCCAUCUGUCACACCUGCCACGGGCACACCUGUGGUUGGAGGCCUCACCUACCGGGAGGGGGUCUACGUGACGGAGCAGCUGUGUCAGACAGGCCUGCUGUCGGCGGUGGACAUGGUGGAGGUGAAUCCUCUGAGGGCCCAGACAGAGAGGGACGUCCAGUCCACAGUCGGCACCGCCGUGGACCUGCUGCUCGGAUGCUUCGGGCGCCUCCGGGAGGGAAACCACCCGUCGGAUUACAGCCUGCCGGAGCCUUGAUGGGCCCCUGAACGCCUCGUCUUCAAGACAACUUCAAGACAAUCAACUUAUUAUUCAUCUAGAGCAUCAAUUAUUUGAUCUAGUAAAUGACCUGAUGUUG